AUUUUUCUCUUUCUGUUCAACAAUAAGAGCGCUAAUAUUUUGAGAUUUUUCUUAAUUCUCUUUAAUUAUUUAUAUUAAUUGUUAAUUGUGUUAAUUGUUCAAGAUGAGUACAAAUCAGGCAGCCCCAAGACUCGGUGUUUCUAAUGAUAUACAGGAAAGAACAUUAAAGGUUACAAAUAUUCCGGAAAAAGUGACUAAAAAUUUACUUUUUGAGCUUUUUCUCCAAUGUGGUCCUGUUAGAAAUGUUGUCCACAAACCUGAUUUUGCUUUUAUCGAGUUUGAAAAUCAAGUAUCAGUUGGCUAUUCUUUGGCUCUUAUGGAUGGGGUUCAAUUGUUUGGUAAAAAGCUUGAAUUACAACCGAAAAUACCUAAUGAAGAAACAUUCGCUUAUUUACAGCGUUUGAAAGAGUAUGAGUAUACAUUUGCCUCGCAACCACAUAACUGGUGGUCUCGAUUUGGUAAAAACGGAACUCCAAUACCUCCUCACAUUUGUAGCGCUGUUUUAAAUAAGCUUGAUCGUGAUAUUCCCAUGGUACCACUUCCUGGGGUCUAUGGGUCACCUAGUAAUUCAAAUUCCGCCAAUCAAUCCGAGCCAAGCUCUAAUUUCUCAUCUCGAAGAGGAAAUCAAUCACAUUCUUUUAACAACAAUUCAACUUCAUCAUCAACAAGUUUUCACAACUCUCAACAUCACCACCAUCAUCAUCAUCCUCAACAACAACAACAACAACAACAACAAUAUCAUCAACCUCGUUCUUAUCAUCAUCUUCAGCCUCCUCCUCCUCCAUCUCGUCCUCCUUCAGUAAUUGCUUUAGAUUCACCUCCUUCUCGCGACUCAUCAAGAUAUAAUUACGACGAUCGCGAAAGAUUUGAUAAUCGAAGGCGUGAAGAUAAUUCCUACAGAGGCUCAGAACCAUUUAGACAAACACUUAGAUCAGAAGUUGAGUAUCGUAGAGACGAUGAUUAUCAUAGAAGAAGACAGAGAGACUACAAUGAUCGUGACGGAGGUCAUCAUGGACCUGAUAGACGAAUAGACCAUUCACCAUAUGAGCGUUAUAAUCCUUAUCCACGGCCAGAUCAUCGUUCACAUCAUCAAUCACAUCCAGAUCUUCAUUAUCAACAACCCAACCUUAACUAUCAUCAACAACAACAAUUAUUACAUGAUGAACGUAGGAAUAGUUUUCCCACAUACAGAGAUCACAGAUUACCUUCAAAUCGACAACCACAUGCAAGAUACUAAAUUAACAUGAAUUAUUUUUUUAAAUUGUUACAUGUUUUUUAAUCAGGAUUUACACUAGUCAAAUCUUAAGGCAAUUCAGAUGCAGAGACUUGAUUACAACAACAACAACAACAACAAAUCUGAGUAAUUUAUGACUAAUAAUCGUUUCAUAUUUUAACUUUGAUAAACAAAACAAAUUGUGCCAUUUUGUGAACUGUCAAACAAUUAGCAAAAUAUUAUUGAUAAUAUGCUACAAAAUCUUUCAAUAUAUUUUUAACUAUCUUUUAAUCAGCUGAUCAUCAUGAAAGUUAUGAUAUUGACACAUUUAUCGCCUUCAUAUUGUGUUCAUCAUGGCAAAAGUACAAACAAAAAAUAAAGCUCAAAUGAUUAAGGGAAA